CCACAUGCAUGAUAGUCUACUAACUCUCAUUUUAACUUCAUUUACCUUACAGACUGUUCAAAUGUUCAUGUGGUCAAUGUGUUAUUUAAUUAUCUAUUCUUUUUACAGUUACUUUUAUCAUUCAGGGAUAUAGCCAUUGAUUUUACUGAAGAGGAGUGGGAAUGCCUUCAGCCUGCUCAGAAAAACUUAUAUAAAGAUGUGAUGUUAGAGAACUAUAGAAACUUUGCCUUCCUCUCCAUGAGUCCACAUGAUACCCAAGAAUAUUCACCAGAGAAGGGCAUAAAACAUAUAUUUCACAAAUUGAUAAAUGGGAAAUACAGUGGUUGUGAUCUUGACUAUUUACAACAAAAGAAAAUGUGGAAAACCAAAAGUGAGAGUGAACACCAGAAAUCAUAUGAAAAAACAGGCCUUGUUCACCACCAGAUAAUUUAUACUGGAGAGAAGCCCUACAAAUAUAAACAAUGUGGCAAAGCUUUUAGUCAAAUAAAUUGUCUUAUUAACCACAGAGUAACCCACACUGUACAAAUGCCCUACCAAUGGGCAGAAUGUGAUAAAGUUUAUAAAGAAAAAUCAAUCUUUAUUAAGCAAAGCAGAAUUCACAUUGAAGAGAAGCCCUACAAAUGUGAAGAAUAUGGUAAAGUUUUUAGUCAAAAAUUAAACAUUAUUUACCAAAGAAGAAUUUAUACUGGAGAAAAGCUCUACAAAUGUAGAGAAUGUGGCAAAACUUUUAGUCAAAAAACAGACCUUAUUCACCACGGCAGAACUCACAGUGGAAACAACCCAUUCAAAUGUAAAGAUUGUGGCAAAGCUUUCACUAGAAAAGUAGGACUUAUUUACCACAGCAGAUCUCACACUGGACAGAAGCCCUACAAAUGUGAAGAAUGUGGCAAAGGUUUCAGUCAAAAAUCAGACCUUAUUCGCCACAGAAUAACUCAUACUGGAGAGAAGCCCUACAAAUGUGAAGAAUGUGCCAAAGCUUUCAUUAAAAAAGCAGACCUUAUUUGCCACAAAAUAACUCACACUGGAGAGAAUCCCUACAGAUGUAAAGAAUGUGGCAAAGCUUUCAGUCACAAAAUAGACCUUAUUCGCCACAACAGAACUCACACUGGAGAGAAACCCUACACAUGUAAAGAAUGUGGCAAAGCUUUCAGUCGAAAAUCACACCUUAUUCGCCACAGUAGAACUCACACUGGAGAGAAAUCUUACAAAUGUAAAGAAUGUGGCAAAGUUUUCAGUCGAAAAUCAAACCUUAUUUGCCACAAGAGAACUCACACUGGAGAGAAACCCUACAAAUGUAAAGAAUGUGGCAAAGCUUUCAGUCAGAAAUCAAACCUUAAUCGCCACAGGAGAACUCACACUGGAUAGAAGCCUUACCAAUGCAAAGAAUGUGGCAAAGCUUUCAGUUGAAAAUAACACCUUAUUUGCCACACAGAAUUCCCUACAUAUGUAAGGAAUGUGGCAAAGCUUUUAGAAUAAAACAGGCAUUACUCACCAUAGAAGAACUCACAUUGGAGAAUAGUCUUAAAAAUGUGAAUAAAGUGGCAAAACUUUUAAUAAAAAAUAAAACUUUAUUCACCACUGCAGAAGACACCCUGGUGAAUAUGAAAUGUAAAUAAAGUGCUAAUACUUUUAAAGAAAAACUAAACCUCAUUAACAACAGAAUUUAUACAGGAAGGGACCCCUACAAAUGAAAACAAUGUAUCAAAGCUUUUAAUUAGAAAUCAGUUCUUUUUUACCAGUAGGCUUUUUAUUCUGAAAAGAAGACAUAUAAUAUAGAGAAUGUAGAAAUAUUUUAAAUUAUAUAUCGUACACUAUUAGACAUCAGAGAAAAUAUUCUGGAGAGAAGCUUUAUAAAUGAGACCAUUGAACCAUUCCUCUAAGAAAGGGUAAAAAUUUAAUCCACCACAAUGAUCAUAGCAGAGAGGAAGUUUUGAAAUGUGAAAAUUGACAACGUGACAAUGCCUCCAAAAUGUAUUCAUCAAUACUCAGCACCUGUUGAUACAUACUGGUAAGAUAGAAAACAAAUGGGGGAUAAAACAUUUCAUUGCCACAUGUUUCUUAAACACUACUGAUUGGUGGAGAAUUCAUUGUCCCCAGAAACUCUAAAAAGUUAAAUACUAUUUCCAAAACUUAAUCAAAUUUUAAAUUCAUUGAACAUCUGAAAACUCAUACCAGUAGUGAACAUUGAAAAUAUUUUGUACAAAAUAUAUUCCUUAUAGAACAAUUAAACAUUUAUAAUAAACACCCUGACAAAUAUGAGAGUAAAGUCAUUAUCUAUACAUUAAACCUUGAUAUAUACAAGGAUCAGUAUUUUUCCUUCAAAGGUGAUGUUAAGAUGCCACCAGCCUCCUUAUUUUCCAUGCAUAUGUCCUAUAAUUAUUAAGUUUCAUUUGAGAAAUAAAAAAUCUAUUUUUUAAUUUGUUUUGUUAAAUUUCAAAUUAGGAAUACACAUGCAUAUGUCUUGUUAAAUUUUACAUGCAUCAACAUACUUUCAAAGUUUUUUCUUGUCUUUGUCCUAAACAAGGAGGCUGGAAUUCUAAUGAAUGUUGAUCCAGUAAGUAUUUUAUUAAACAACAUUACUUAUUUUUCCCCAUUUUUUAAAAUUCUGUAUGUUUUGAUUAGAUGAACAAAAAUUUGUAAUUUGUUAAUGUAAAAAUGUGUUUGAUUUUAGAAAAUGUAAUGAUUAUUAUACAAUGUGCUUAACAUUGUAAAAUAUUUAUUUUUAAAAUAAAAAACAUAACUUGUGAA